AUGUUCAGCAGCAGCAGCAGCAACAUCCGCAACCCGCAUAUAACCGUGCAGCUCCGUCGCAACCAUACGCGCUUCCUCCCUCGAGGCAAACAUCGGCAUAUCCUACUCCUGCACCAGGCCGUUCAUACCCCACAAGUUCUUUUGGGCCUCCCCAGACCCCUUCUGGAACACCAGCGCAAUCUGGAUUCCAAACCCCAUAUCAGUUCACGCGACCGCAUCCUCCACCGAGUCAACCACCAGCUCCUGCACAGAACCCAUAUAACCAAGCCGCUUCAGGCCCUAUACCCCCACCCCAACAUUCCUACCCUCAAUUCCAAGGACAAUCACAGACACAAUCGCAUCAGCAAACCGUGUAUUAUCAGCGUCAGCAACCACAUCCGUACAGCCGGCAACAUCAACACGCUGUCUACAGUUCACACCAGCCUACAGCUCAUGUACCCCUGCAUCACAACCAACCUCAGCUUCCGCAACAGGAUGCAGCCGUCGUCAUCAUUUUCAUACUCGGCGCCUGCUCAAGCUGCUCCUCCGACGUCAAAUCACUAUACAACAUACCAGGCGACUCAACCACAAGCAUCCCCAACGACCAGCGUUGCUCAGCAGGCAUCACCAUCGAUGACGCGUUCAGAUUCGAGUUACUUCACUUCACCUCAACAGCCUCAGGUGGCAACCAACAUACCAAUGCAACAUCCCAUCCCUUCACACCCGGUUGCAAUAGACAGGAUGCAAGCCACAUCUCCCGCACCUCCGGUCACUUCGCCCACCGCAGCUUCCCGUCGACCGCUUCCUAUGCCCUCAGGGUCACCUCCGAAACCCAUGAGAUCGCGACCAGAGUCGAUGCCACCGCCGACGUCUUCAUUUGGCCCUCCCAACGCCACGAGCCCCACGUCCCCGAGAGCACCGCCAACCGCUGCGUUCGCGAAGGCUCAAGCAGUUUUUGCCGGGGGUUCUUCCGGUUUUACGGUUCCUCAGGCCUCGGCACCUUCUCGUUCUCCGUCGCCGCCCUCGGGCACUCCAUCAGGAAUAGGUAGACGCCCUUUGCCCAUGCCAGCUGGCGCCCAUGGUGUUACAUCGCCUCCGCCUAUUCCGUCCGGCGUAGCACCCUCCCCUCGUGCACAGAAGUCCUUCUCUGUGGACUCUAGCGCCGGUUUGAAUCAUAAUGUACGCGUCCGGAGCACCAGUCCCGUGAAGGAUCCGGGUAGCCCGAGAAAGGCUGUGGGGCCCCUUCAGUCGGCUUUCUCACCUCCUCCUGCCGAUCUGUCCGGAUCCAGCAGCCAAGAUGCCCGGGACGCAGCAAGCGGUGCACUCGGAACAACGAGUGCAAGGCCUAGUUCCACUUCUGGACAGAAGUUCGUGCCGCUGUGGAAGCGCAACCUGCCUGGCUACAACGCUGCGGCUGCAUCCGGUAACUCCGCCAACGCGGCCGGGAGCAUGUCUCCACCCGCUGAGAACGCUGCUCAACCGAGCUCGAGUCGCGUCAAUGAUACCCCGGUGACAAGGCGAGGAAUCGUGGCCGGCGCUGUAUCUGCAUUCAACCAGGGUGUUCCAUCCAGUCCGACGAAAGCGAACGGAGGCUCCGGACGUCCACUUCCGUCGUCGCCCACGAAAGCUCCGGACGUGAGCCAGAUCGUCGGCUCAGGCAGUACGCCUAUGCAGAGAGCUAGAACUCAACCAGACCAUCCCUCGGAACGAGAGUCUGAGUCUCCCACACGCAGCGCAUUGAGAGCAAAUUCACCGUCGAAGAUUGCGAGGUCAUAUACAUCCACUUCACAGACAGGCGUAGACUAUGAGGGAGGUCGAUUACCAACCCACGUCGCGGCCCGCUCGCCGUAUGCGGAGCAAGCUGCCCAUCCACAAUCUGCACACUCCGCCUCGGAUUCCCCGAGAGAGACGCGUAGUCGAACAGCUUCGCCUGCGAAGGUCACAUUCAACCUUCCCGACCCCUCUAAUUCAGUGGAGGAUGGACGCACAGGACGAACCCCGAGUCCGCAGUACGGGAUUCUGGAUAUGCCACGGCGGCAUGGCACUAACGUCGACUUGGAUGAUGUCCGAGACGGUACGCAGCAUGGCACGGAUCAGCGUCCCCAGAGCAUGGCAUUGCGGCUUGCGGCUAUGACCCUCGAAGGAAAUCACCGUCAAGCGGAUCAAGUGAGCAGCCAUCGCCGUUCACCGUCGAGGGAUACGCAGUCGCCUGCAGGUUGGCCCACCAACCUUCCUCCGCUUCCCCGUGCUCCAAGUGCCGUUCCCGCAUCGCCUCAGCGUCAUUCACCAAGCCGGAGGCAGUACAUCGACCUAGACGAUGCCCCACCGCCGUCGCUCCGACGAUCGCCUUCUCCCGCUCCGGAUUGGCAGAAGGGCAGCCAGACGCGAGACGCCCCGCCGGUCAACCGUUCGCCGGUAAUUGAGAUGUCCCACCCCGUGCCGCAGCGACCGGUCGUAAUUCAGCAUAUUCCGGGAGCCACACCGAGUCCGGCACCUCAUACUCAACAACGUAGAGACCCACACCGCGCAUCGAUACCGAAAAUUUCGUUCCCUGGAGAUCCAGGUAGCGAUUCGGACGAUGACUUGGCCGCUCCACGCAUAUCCGUGUCCGGUCCAGAUGGGCCACCUUCAAUCUCGGUCUCAAUUUCUCCGCCAGCAAACUCCGGGUCCGGUCCGAGUGCGGCUCCGAUGAUCUCUGUGUCGCCGCCCUCCAUUUCCAUUUCGCGAGACGAUGACUUCAGCUCCGGUCCGUCUAUCAGUAUCUCAGGACCGGAUGAGCCAUCUAUUAGUGUGUCUGGACCCGAGGAUUCGGCAUCUUCCCGUGCGGACAGACAUAGGAAUUUACCACCUGUCGUUCGGCCUCCACCUGGCGCGCUCAUAUGCGGCGGUUGUGGCGGGGCGAUCAUUGGAAGAAUCGUCAACGCUAUAGGGGUGCGGUGGCACCCGCAGUGUUUUAAGUGUUGUAUUUGCAGCGAACUCUUGGAGCAUGUCAGCAGUUAUGAGCACGAAGGGCGGCCAUAUUGCAACCUGGACUACCACGAGAUAUUCGCGCCAAGAUGUCAUCACUGCAAGACGCCCAUCGUGGACGAGCGUUUCAUCACGCUGGACGACCCGGCGUUAGGCAAGCGCACCUACCACGAGCAACACUUUUUCUGUGCGGAAUGCGGAGAUCCCUUCUUAACGCCUACCAUUGACCACGAACGUGCCGGCGGUGGAUUGACGGUCACCGGCGACGGCGAUUUCGAGGAUGACGAUGUCGGCUUUACUGUCUACCGUGGGCAUCCGUACUGCGAGGCGUGUCAUGUCAGGCUUCGGCUUCCGAAGUGCAAACGAUGUAAGAAAAGCAUCAGAGACGGGGCGAGGGCGGUGGAGGCUCUCGGGGGCAAAUGGUGUUGGGAAUGCUUCGUUUGCACGGGCUGCGAAAGGCCGUUUGAGGAUCCGUCGUUUUUCAUUCGGGAUACAUCAUCAUCAAGAGUGAACUGUGAUUUGGCCAUAAUUCCUGGACCAUCGCAGUGGACUAUUCAUAUCGGUGGUGCUUACGAUUGCAGUUGA